AUGUCGAGCAAUGGAGCCCCCGAUGAUGACUGGCAUCCCCACGUCUUUCGCAUGCCCGACUGGGUUGAGGCUUUCCUGAUUGUGACUAUCCUCUUCACCUCAAUGUAUCUCACCCGAACGAAGAAUUACUCCAUCUUCGGCAGCAACCAGAGCUACAGCCCCAUAACAGCCUCGCCGGCUUCCAGCUCCCCCAGGACCUCCAUCGACAGCGACCAGAUUGCCACUUAUCGGUCUGACUACCCAAGCAAGACCCGCCGCAUCUUUGGGAUAUGGACCGUUCGAACCCCCAACUCGUCGAGAUUCGCUCGGCAUUUCCACUCGCGCAUCCUGCAGAAGUUCCCGUUCCUGGUCGAGAUGUUCUACUGGGUCCUCCAGUUCUUCUUCUACCGCAUGACCGCACACAUGGCGGCUGUCUACUACGGAGGCAAUGACAAACUAUGGGAUAUCGCCCAAAACCACGGCAUAGCACUGCUGGAACUAGAGGCUUUCAUGUUUGGGAGGAACUCCGUGACUGGCACUGCUAGGUGGAUUGAGUGGAACGUACAGCAAUGGUUCCUCACUGGCGCCAAAGCUGGUGAUUUCCGUGGCAUAUUCCUCACUAUUCUGAACCGGUCGUACUCCCUGAUCCACAUUCCCGGGACUGUUGGUUUCAUCGCAUUCUACUAUUACGUGUCGCCGACCUUCACCCGAUUUGCGAAUGUUCGUCGCACCAUGACCCUGCUGAACCUCUUCGCGUUCACCAUCUUCAUCCUCUACCCGUGUAUGCCGCCGCGUCUGCUGCCGCCAGAGUACGGCUUCAUUGACACUGUCAAUGGCGAGGAUGCCACCUCAGUGUGGCAGAGUGGAAACUUUGUCAACCGCCUGGCCGCUAUGCCCAGUAUGCACUUCGGCUAUGCCUUCUGCAUCGGCCUGGUCUUCAUCUAUGAGAGUGCUGCGGUCAGUGGAGUGAAGGAAAUUUACAGGCGUUACGGCAAGACCCGUAACCCCAGCCAGACAUGGCUGCCCGUCCCUGGCGCGGAUGAGGAGAACCUGAGCAAUGCGUCUGAAGUUGAAGUCGAGCAGCAGUCAACCAGCGAGCGCUCUACCGCCUCGCGCAUCGCGUUCUUCGCGUUCGGUGUGUGGUAUCCAUCAUGGGUCUUGUUGACCAUUGUUGCAACCGCGAAUCACUACCUAAUGGACGCCAUGGUCGCGACGUUGGUCGUGCUUAUGGGUUUCGUGUGCAACCGGAUCUUGUUGAACUUUUUGCCGCUUGAAGAUCUGCUGCUCUGGGCAUGGAGGCUGGAAAAGCCUGUCCCAACUACCGAGAAUGAAGGACGCGCGAGCGAUAUCAAUGCUUUUAUGCACAUUGCGUGGGUCAGCGCGUACCCUCAAUGCCCCUGUCACCCGGUUGCCUCCAAACCACGGUUCAUGGGCGAACCAUUGACCGUUGUGUGCAAGAUGCCUGAGCAGAAGAGGACACUGAUGCCAAACUGGGAGAAUGACUCCACUCGGGAGUCAAUUGAUGCCUCGAUCCUCGCCGCCGGCGAGUGGAUUCGUCUGUCAAUGGAGAUCUUAUAUCCAAUAUCGACUCCCACAUCAAGGUUCGAUCUCGACCCUGACUCAGAGGACGACUCCAUGCCCAUACUCGAAGGAUUGAUGGACGGAAAUACAGGCGCUUCGAGGCAUAGACGGCAGGCAUCAGCAGCGUACCGAGGCGUCGAGUAUGCUCUGUCGCCAUCACUGAAAAGUCCAUCGAUAGUCUUCCCCCGGAUUCCCAGUCCUCUUUCUCCUCAGUACUACCACCAACCAUUAUAUCAAAACCCAACGCCGAUACAAACUGGAGUCCGAUUACAAUCACCGACACCACUCUACAACAGGACACAGAACUUCCGCUACUCGCAACAAAAACACAAGCCCGCCCCGCUACACCUGCAAGCCGACUCGCCGACUCUUGGGCACUGGACGCACCUGCAGCCACCGCCCAGCCCAAUCCCAACGCCGUUCCUCAUCGACGACCAUGACGAUGGAAAUGGCGACAGCGACAGCGACGAUGAGUUCCCGAUCAGGCCAUCGGCGGCGCUGCUGCCGCACAAGACGGAAAAGGACCCGCCGCCUCGGCGUCUGCCUGACUUAUUGCAGGACGUCCUGGAAAUCAUGAACUCGAUCACGAACCAGCAGAGCCAGCUCGAGGAGGAGAGCCUGGCGCUGCAAGACAUGGUUGAGCUUGUAGUUACGAUGCAGGAGCAGGCCGACUCGCUGAUGGAGUACUCAGACCUGGUGGAAGAGUAUGUGGACCUGGUGAAUGACGAGGUUACAUCGGUUUCUAGUCCGUCGUCGACUUACUCCAUCGAUACUGUUGAUGUGCAGGAGCAGUUCGAGGGUGAGGAUGAUGGGGUCGGGGUGGAUACUGGGGCUCGAGAGGUGGCGUCGAGGGCUGACUCUGGUGUGAGUGUCGGAGACGACACAGUAACCGAUUGUGAGGAUCCUCGUCUCACAGAGGGCCGGGUUCAGGCUAAUAGGGGCAUUACACUGAACCCACCGGGGGUUCCAAAACAAGCAUCCAGGGAGCCACCAUUCCGGGACUCUGGCUUGGGAUUGAUGAGCCCCGACAUGGCUUCUCCGUCGACCAUGGGACGAGGGAAACGGGGGCCUCAAAGGGGCCGGGAUGCCCGCUCUUCAAGGGCAAGAGGAGUCGCUUCUCGAGCGAGGGGUCGAUGA